AACAAAAUUGCAGCUUUUUGUCAAAUAUAAACAAAAGAAGUUAAACAAAAAUACGUUGUUUACAUUUUUUAGAUCCAGAUUAAAUCUAGACUAGUCACGAUUUUAGGAUUUUGUUUAACAGAAUGACCAUAGAUUAGGUUUAUGACUUAACAUUUUGAAAAUGGAGGAUAAAAAUGAUAAAUGCAAUGUAGAUCAAUCUAAUUAUAAACCCAAAAAUGUAUCUCAACAUCUGUGGGAGAAAUUCAAGAAUCUUGAAAAAAGAACAAAUGAAGCUACUCAGAGAUCAACUGAAAAAAGAAUAAAACAUUUGAAAAAACAAGUAUUAGAAACUGUCACCAGUGAAUUUACUUCACCUGAAGACAAAGACAUUGCAAGAAAAUAUGAUGUUAAGUUUGGUCCCCCAGUAGAAAAAGGAACCAAAAGAAAAUUAGAAAGUAAACAAUCUAGUGAUAUUUCGGGUGCAUCAAAGAGUGAAGAUGUGUCAGUCUUGAACAAGUUUCUUAAUGUGAACAGUCACCUACAGUUGACAGAUCAUUCAAGACCACCACCACCAACUGCCUUGGAAAAGAAAAUAGACCAGUGUAUCAAGAAUGGUGAUUUUGAACAAGCUGAAUCACUCAGUGACCAUUUGGCUAAUAGAGAGUUUGGAGAAAAAAUAGUUGAGGCUAUUGAUGCAAGUAGAUAUAUGGAAGAACAAAAGAGACUAAAGGAAUCCAUGAAGGCUAAGAAGAAGAAGAAACUUCACUGGGGGUUUGAGACAAAACAGCGUUGGGAGACUAAAGGAAAUAUGUGAUUGUGGGACUUGUUGAAAUAUGGGACUUGUUCAAAUGUGACAGUGAGACUUGUUGAAAUAUGUAACUGUGGGACUUGUUGAAAUAUGCGACUGUCAAUAAUUGUGUUUGAGCCUGUUAAAAUGUGAGUUAGGUUUGUGAAAUAAGAAAAUAAUUAGAGGCAUUUGAUUGUGAGAUUUGUUGUAAAUAAAAUUUCUGUUUAUUUCUUA